AUGACGAGCCCAGCAGAUAUCGAGGCCGCCAACUCCCAUCCAUCCAACAUCAUAUUUGCCUACGACAAAGAGGACGACCACGAAGCCCACCCUCGUCUUUCCGACUCUGAGCACGACGCGCUCCUUCCGACGUCCGACUCGGCCCCAGGUCUGUCCCAGAAGCUCGGUCUUCAAAGCACAGCUGGCCCUCGCUUCACUCUCGUUCAUCUCCUUUCCGCCUUUGCUGGUGGUAUCGCUAUAUGCGCCACAGCACAACUAUCAAUAUGGGGGACUGGGUGUUACACCUCUUAUCGUUCCGCAUACGGCAACGGACGGACUGGUGUUGACGUCCUCGCAGCACCUGAAGCUGGCUCGACUGAGGUGCACCAUUUCCCUCCACCAUCCCCCACGAAUGCAUCUCCGGAGUGGUUCCCAACCGAUGUCGGUUACGCAGGCGGCACGCCUACCGGCGCCGAGCCAGGUCUCAUCGCAACUGCGCCUUCAUACCCCCUCCACACUGCGGCAGCACAGCUUGUCGCUCCCGCCGAGUACCCCAAAUCCAAGUCUAAGCCCAAUGACGACGACAAGGACGAGGAUGAUGACGAGGAGUUCAACCUGUUCCGCAAGUGGGGCAACCUGUCACCUUGGUACAGUGUACCUCAAGGCACCUACGGCAUCGACGCGUCGCCGGAUGCGCCGGAGGGAUGCUCCAUCACCGGUCUGCACCUGCUCCAUCGUCAUGGUGCUCGAUACCCUACCGCAUGGAGUGACUACGGUGGACCUGCCAAGCUCGCGACCAAACUGCACGGCGCAGCUGCACAGUGGGAAGGAACGGGGAAGCUCAGCUUCCUCAACGACUGGACGUAUAAGCUUGGUGAAGAAAUCCUCACGCCGUUUGGCCGCCAGCAGCUAUUCGACCUCGGUUUGUCGAUGCGCAUGAAGUACGGGUAUCUCCUCAAGAACUUCACUGAAUCCAACACUAUCCCUGUGUUCCGGACUGAGUCCCAGGACCGUAUGCUCGCCUCUGCCCAGAACUUCGCUCUUGGCUUCUUCGGGUAUCCAUUUGACGGCCAGUAUGAACAGCUUAUUACCAUUGAGGCGGAUGGGUUUAACAACACCUUCGCGCCUUACAAGACCUGCCCGAACGCUAAGGCCUCCGGCAAAGGGAAUCGCUCUCUCGACUAUAUCCGUCGCUGGACCGCAACAUAUCUCUCGGACGCCUAUACGCGCAUUCAGAAGCAACUGAGUGGGCUUGAGCUCUCCGUCGAGGACGUGUACACCAUGCAGCAGAUGUGCGCUUACGAGACGGUCGCUAUUGGAUACUCCAAAUUCUGCGAGCUCUUCACAGAGGACGAAUGGGAGGGCUUCAACUAUGCACUGGACAUUUCCUUCUGGUACGACUCCGCCUUUGGCUCGCCUGUCGCGAAGGUGCAGGGCAUAGGCUACGUCCAGGAACUUGUCUCGCGCCUCACGAAGACGCCCAUUGAGACGCAUAACUCGAGCACAAAUGCGACGCUCCAUCGUCCUGAGACGUUCCCGCUUGGUAGCAGCUUGUAUGUCGACGCGACGCACGAAGUUGUUGUGCUCAACAUUAUUGCUGCGUUGAACCUGACGACGCUCGCGGCCGGUGGGCCUCUGCCUGCGGACCACAUACCGAAGAAGCGGCCCUUCCGCGUUGCCGAGCUUGCACCUUUUGCAACCAAUAUGCAAUUCCAACUGCUCUCCUGCGCCUCCCAUCCCGACCCCCAAAUCCGUAUAGCCAUCAACGACGGUGUCGUCCCACUCACAGGCGUCUACGGCUGUCCCGAGGACAAGCUGGGCAUGUGCCCCGUCGACGUGUUCGCUGAAGGUCAGCGCCGAACCAUCAGCGAGACAGACUGGGACUGGGCAUGCCACGGCAACUGGGAGGUGCCGGCGGGUGAAGCGUGGGAGACUGUUACGGGUGCGGCGCCGGGGAGGGAGUAUGAGAAGAGUGAGUGA